AUGUCUUUCACUUCUAUCCUCCUCACUAUCCUUUCUGCUUCCAUCCUUUUCAAUGGUGCUUCUUCCGCUAUCGUGGUGGAUCUGAAUUGCACUACCUAUACCGCUGGAGCAUUCGCCUGGACCCCAGCUGCUGUGGCGUGUGAGGACGCUAUCGCUACUGCUUCUUGUCAAGCACUCUACACUGAAACGGAAGAUGACGCUGGAUGGCCAACCGCCGGAGGUGCUGAAGCCAGACCAUUCUUCUGCUACGCAACUGAAGCUGAUGCUGCUGCUCCAAUGGUUCAAGAUAUGAAGACUGCUUCGAUUGCCAACUGCCCAAAGACUUGUGGAUACUGUUGCCAGACUGACGCCUACAACUGCCCAAAUGUUCAAUUCCCACGCCUCAACUGCAACACCAUCACCCGCACCCAAUGCAACUCUGUCGCCUGGAGAACAAUCAUCGCUGAGGAUUGCCCAUCCGCCUGUGGAUUCUGCGGACAAGGAGGAUGCGUCGACGCCGUCACCAACUGCGGGAAUGAUAUCUCCGUGUGUAACACCGUUGGUAUGCAAGACUUCGUGAACCAAUACUGCCAGAAGACCUGUCAAAGAUGCCCAUCCACCACUGCUGCUUCUGGAACCGUAACCUCUACUGGAGCGUCCACUGGAACCUGCACAUCUUACAUCGCUGAUACCACCACUCAGUGCACCGCUUGGGCCGCCAACGGAUUCUGCACCAACACCUUCUACACCGCCGCUCAACGUAGAGCCAGAUGUGCCACCACUUGCAGAAUCUGCUAA